UACAGUAGGCAGGGGGCGUGUUCUUUGUGUUGUGAUCUGGAGUUUGCCAGCUCAGCCUCAUCUGCUGUAGCGCAGCGAUCGGACCUGGGUCUGCGCCGGAGAGGGAGAGGGACAGCAGACCUUUGUCAAACACACACAAACAGACUUGCUCACUGCUCUCCUCCAGCCUUCAGUAAACUGUGGACUAGGAUUAAUUUUUCUUGUUUUCUUUUCCCUCACCGGUGUGACAAGCGACGAAAGACAGAGGUAGAGCGCAUCUGCAUCUGGAGGUGACAGCGUCACCGACUCUUGGAGAAGAGAUGCGUUGGGGCGGGAAAGUCGUGCCGAUCAACCUAAUGCCGGUGUGAGCGAGCGGAGGGGAGGGGGGAGAAGAGCUCGCUCUGUGCACCGGCACAGUGUUGUUGCUUGGAGUUCCGUCUGGAGGAUGCUCUAGCGUUUGAGCGCGCCGUGCCUUCUGCCCGCGCCGUGCACCCAUCCGAUUGGUGCCAGUGUGCCUGGUUCCAUCUUCUUCUGCUGCUGCUUCCCCCUGCGUGCCUGGCACUUCCGCCCACCACCCCAUCCACCCACUCGCUACCAACCCCCCCCUGCAACAGCCUCCAUCAUGUGCAGAUGUGUGGAGCAGCGGCGGUGAAACAAGCUGGGCGUCGUGGGUCUCGGAGUCCACCGUCCCCGUCUGGAGACCGGAAGGGGGGGCGGAGAGGGUCACCUCUCUUCAGCGCGCUAUCCAGGGCAGGAGGGGGUCUCCAGACGUCCCCUGUCGUGUCGCCACCUUUAACUUUUGGGAGGAGGAAACAGGAGCUCCCCGCCCCCACACACGGUAGUCGUGCAGCUGGCGCGUACCAUGGAUGGACGUCUGUGUGGAUUGGAGUGGAUUAGUGCACCCGUGCUCCAGGACAAGUCACAGAUCACCUGCCGGACUCACCUGGGCCAGACAAACGCACGCGCCCGCUGCACUGUCUGCCUGCCUGCUGGGUCACAGCCCCUUUAAUGCUGUGGCUAAGUGAGGAGAAUGAUGAGCUCCAGACAGGAGGAAACUCUGCGCUUUUUCCACUAUGUCGAGGAGAGCGGCCUGAGAGCCUACAGCGGCCUGCUGGCUCAGAACCUGGACCACGCCAGGAAUGACCGAAACAGGAGCUACCUGCAGGACAAGAAAGACAAGAAGAGAAAACAGGAGGAAGCCAUUAAGAGGACGGGCGAGGAGGACCUCCUGAUAGAGGGCAAGCACCUGCGCAUGGGCUCCAUGACCAUGCCGGCCCCCCAGGAGCGCAUGGCCGCGCCCCACCCGCUCGCCCUGGCCUGCGGGCCGGGCUUCGCCGUGCGCUCCCAGUCCCUCCACUCGGUGGGCGGGGGGGACGAGGAGGCGGGCAGCCCCACCUCCAGGAAGCAGCCCCCGCCCAAGCCCCGGCGGGACCCCGCCACCAAGCUCAGCAUGUCCUCCGAGGCCGUGGACCACAGCCCCACCUCCACCUGCCGCGGGGAGCGCUGCGACGCGGCGGACUGCAGCGAGGACUGCAGGCGGGUUCCGCCGCCCAAGCCCAAGAGGAACCCCAACACGCAGCUCAGCGUCUCCUUCGACGACUCCUACAUCAAGACGCAUGUCUGCUGCGGCCGGGCCUCACACCACGGCUCCGCCCCCUGCGAGCGCCACCCCUCGCCGCCCUACAGCGACGAGAGCCCCGGCGACGACUGCGAGGACGAGCCCGUCUACAUCGAGAUGGGCGGCGGCGUGGAUGUCGGGGGGCGGGACCCGCAGCCGGCGGCGGGGCCGGGGCCGCCGGGCGACGAGGACGAGCCCGGGGAGUCGGUGUACGAGGAGAUGAAGUACCCGGCGCUGGAGGACUACGAGUACCGCACCGACCCGGUCGGCUGCCGCUCGGCCUGCCCCACGCCGGCGCCGUACGACCCCGAGCCGCUCAGCCGCUGCUCCACGCCCCGCAACAUCCCAAUGUGCGACAUCCCCGCCCCCUUCCCCAACCUGCUCACCCACCGGCCCCCGCUGCUCGUGUUCCCGCCGGCGCCCGCCCAGUGCUCGCCCAACUCGGACGAGUCGCCCCUCACCCCCAUGGACGUGACCAAGCUGCCCGCGCUGGCCGACCAGUCGUACAGCAAGUCGCCCACCUCCUCCGGCGAGACGCCGCCCUCCUCGGCCCACCUGCGGCGGGAGCUCUGCGCCACGCCCACCCUCACCGUGUCGGGGCGCUCCUCGGCGCCGCCGCUGCCCUGCACGCUGUACUCCAAGUCGUCGUCGGGGGCAUACCAGCGGAGCCACUCGGCGUGCCCGUCCCCCGUCAGCAUGGGCCGCUGCCUCACGCCGCUCAGCCUGAUGCGGGCCGCGCCCUUCGACCCCGGCAUGCCCUUCCCCGGGGGCGGGGGGCUGCCGCGGAGCGCCUCGGCCACGCCCCACGGGAAGGGCUCGCCGCCGCAGGAUGGCGGCGGAGGGGGCGGGGUGGGCCGGCACCACGGGGGCUCCAUGCAGAACGUGUCGACGGGCCGCUCCCGCACACCCACCAGCCCGCUGGACGAGCUCACCAACCUGUUCACCACGGGACGCAACAUGCUGAAGAAGAACGCCAGCGGACGCAAGUCCAAGGAGCCCGGGGAAGCCGAGUCUAAGAGCAAGUCCCACUCGGAGGCCAAGCGCGAGGGCAAGGAGCGCCACGGCAGCCACAGCAAGGAGUCCAAGAGGGAGUCCAAAGAGCGCCACCACAAGGAGUCCUCCCACCGCAAGGACCGGGACCGGGGGGACAAGGGGGACAAGGAGUCCCACGCCAAGCGCCGCAACAGCAAGGACCGGGGCUGCAGCUCGGUCGAGCCCAUCCCCACGCGCCGGGACUCCAAGGAGAGGGGCUGCAGCUCGGUGGAGCCCGUCCUGCUCAUGAGGCGGGACUCCAAGGACCGGAGCGGCAGCAACGGAGACCUGCUGACGGCCCGCAGGGACAGCAAGGACCGGACCAUGGUGGGCGGCGGCAUCGCGGGCGGCCUGGGCCUGGAGGCGCUGCUGCGGCAGGACGGCAAGGAGCGCGAGCGGCUGCUGCUGGACCACGGCGCCCCUGAGCCGCUGCCGCGGCAGGAGCAGGUCAGGGAGCGCUCCCGGAGCAGCGCCGAGUUCGGCCGGCACGAGAGCCGGGAGAGGCUGUUGGAGCAGCCGCCGGACCCGCUGCUGCCGCGGCACGACAGCAGGGAGCCCAAACACGAGGGCAGGGAGCGGCCCCCGGAGCUCCUGCCGCGGCAGGAGACAAAGGAGAGGACCCGGUCCGAGUACAAGCACGACGGCAAGGAGCUGGCCCCCGAGCUGCUGCCGCGGCAGGACAGCAAGGAGAGGGCGAGGAAGGGCCUGGAGCACCGGCACGACGGCAGGAUCGACCAGCCGCCCGAGAUCCUGCCCCGGCAGGAGACGUCCCGGGGGGGGCCGGAGGGCCCGCGGGGCAGCAUGGACCGAUAUGGGUACAGGCAGGAGGAGCCCCGGCAGGAAGCCAGGGAUCGGUGCUGCUACAACGGGGUGGACGUCCCGCCUCCGCCCCUGCCCAGGCAGGACGCCAAGGAGCAGAGCUGCAGGACUGGGCUUGAGACCCGGCGGGACAGCAAGGACAGGAGUGUGAACGGGGCGGAGCAGCACCGCUACGAGGGGAAAGACGCCAGGAGUCCCAACGGGAUGGAGCACCGGCGCGACAGCAAGGAGCGGGGCGGGACGCCGCGGCGAGAGGGCAAGGCCAGCUACAACGCGGACCAAUCGAAAGCACAGGAGAGGAACGGGAGCGCGGGGCUGGGGCAGCACUCGUCCACACCCACCCAUCACGGCAAGCCGGCCGGAAGCCCACCCGCCGUAUCGGGAACCGGAAGUGAACUCAAAGCACCACCUAAGUAUGGCCGCACAGCGUCCGUACCUGGGACCCAAUCUCCCAUGGGUACACCGCAGAGGAAAGGAGGAGACUCCCAGCCUCCACAUCAGAUGCCCCAGAUGCCCUGGAUGUGUGGAGACAACACCAUGCUGGACCAGAUCGAGAGGAAGCGCACCCUCUGCAUGGAGAUCCGGUCCAGGCAGCACCCGUUCCUGCAGCGCACCCUGGAGAGGCCCCCGGCCGACAGGGGCCCGUCAGACAGGGCCCCGGCGGACAGGGCCCCGGAGAAGAGCCAGUGCAAGCAGCAGAGCUCGCCGGCCCUCCCGGGUUGGGAGAAGAGCAACGGGGCCAAAAACAUCCGUCCCCCCCCGUACCCCACGCAGAAGACGGUGUUCUGGGACACCGCCAUCUGACUGUCAUAGCGACGUCGCUCUCAUCCAAACCCGAACCCCCCCCCCCUCCUGAGUACCCGAUC